UUGGCCUGGAUUGGUUUGGUUUGGGGUGUUGGAAAGUACAAGAGACUUGGAGAACCGCAAUCAACCGCAGCGCAAAAAGAUCCCGACAUAAAACGGGCCGAAAAAGGAUUCUAAAACCUUUCACAGGCUGCGGACACCAAUUAAUCAGUUCAGAGUCAACUGUAGAGUGCACGGAAGUCAGCGACCGAGACCCGGGUAUCUCGAAAGUCAUCAUCACAGUAAGAGCUACUGCAAUUCAAUGUACACGAUACAACACGGAACUCAGUGGCUGCAAGUGCAGGCAGCCUCGUGUGUGGCGAACGAGAUAGCAUCGGCUAUUGAAAAAUGGAAGGGUCUCGCACCAGCAGAUUACUAUCUCACUCAAUCCGGUCGUCUGAUUGCGAAUUGGCACAAUCUGCCCCCGCACAUUCCUCUGCGGGUAAACGAAAGGUUGCCGGGUGGUAAGGGUGGGUUUGGAUCUAUGCUGCGUGCCAUCGGUGCACAGAUUGAGAAAACCACGAACCGUGAAGCGUGCCGCGAUCUAUGCGGACGCCGUCUUCGGGACAUCAACGAAGAAAAGCGAUUAAAAGCUUACCUGGAAAAGCAACAGAACGCGUCCGAGGAUGAACGACAGAAGAUUCAAUUGAAGCUUGAUAAACUGCUCGCUAAGCCCAAACAUGAGUUUGAGGAUCGUCAGUAUGAGAGUGUACGGGAGGAGCUGAUCGUAACGGGGGAUGACGCUAUCGAGGCCGGACUGCAGCAGGUUCAAUCAACGUCGGACGAUUCUGAAGAGACAACCGUAAAAGAAAAACGAUUGAAGAGAAAAGGGCGCAAUGACUGUAAAAUAAGCAAGAAAAAGCGUAAAUCGGAUGUUUGGCUGGGGACGGACGAUAUGAGCUCUUCCAGUGAUUCCGACACUUCCGACCAGACCAGAUCGAUAACACAUUAGCCGUGGCCACACGGGGCGAAAACUCUAGCGCAAACGAAAAAAUUAAUGCCAAAACGGUUUCGCUUAACCCUUACACGCUGUCAAACUUUUAUACGUCCGCGGACUUUUUCGCUGAACCCUUGACGCUAUCGAACGCUUUAUUUACGAAAAUGUAGGUUCUUUUCGUAUUGUUUUUGCAUUUUUAAUAUAAAUAUAACAGCAACAGCAACAAAAUUGUUAAAAACUGCAAAAUUUAUUCGGAAAUCAGCUUCAGCGGCCAAAACACAGAUGAAAACAAUACGUUUGACAUUUCGGCAUAAAUUUUCGGGGUUUUACGCCUGCCACACGAAGCGAAAACAUUUUGGCAUUAAUGUGCAAAUUUGCGCGCAAAUUUUCGCUCCGUGUGGCAGCAUCUAUUGAUUGAUAAUUGUUUAAAUGAGAGAUGGUCGAUCACAGUUGUGACAAAAGAAAAAGCACACUUUGCAAAAAAUAUAAUUGUGACUCUAAUAAAGCCCACUGGUCCACUAUAUCUUUAU